AUGGCCACAAGUAGCCAACAUAACUUGGCCGAAAUAAGAGGAGCAAAGAUCUUAAUGUCAUCUCGAGAUUCUUAUGUAAAUACUGCUGUGGGUUACGUUAAAGUGAGUCGAACAGGCAAUGAUAGCAUAGUCACCUGUGAAGAUUGUUCUGCAUCAGCAGGUGGUUGUAAGCAAUCCCUUUUAUUAUUAUUUUGGCUAGAAAAGAAAAGUUCUGAACCUUCGUCAACUGCAGUUGAAUGUUACUGGAACAAACCUUCUCUCACCAGUGCCACUACAGAACAUGUUUCUAGUAAAGAAAUAUUUUCUAAGGCUAAGAUACCAAAAAUAGUACUGUCUUAA